GGCUGCUGCUGAGCUCUCAGUGAAGGCAGCACUAAGGUAACGGAAAAGUAAAUCAUGCUGCUGUGCUGAAAAUGGAGCACGGUGUACUGAAAUACCUGCUUCUCCUCUCAGUUACCGCUCAUCUAACGUCAGCAGCUUCCCACUCUCUGCGCUACUUCUACACUGGAGUCACAGGAAUAAAUUUCCCAGAGUUCACUGUUGUUGGUCUGGUGGAUGAAGUGCAGACUGAGUACUAUGACAGUAACAUCAGGAAGAUGAUCCCAAAGACAGACUGGAUGGAGAAGAAUAAGGGUGAAGAUUUCUGGAGCAGAGAGACAAAUAAUGUAGUGAGGGCUCAGGAGGACUUCAAAGCCUACAUUGGUAAUCUGAUGGAGCGCUUAAAUCAGACUGAAGGUGUUCAGACAGUGCAGAGGAUGUACGGCUGUGAGCUGCAUGAUGACGGAACCAAGACAGGAUACUUUCAGUUUGGUUAUGAUGGUGAAGACUGGCUCAGCUUUGAUCUGAACACUGUCACCUUCACUGCAGCUAACGCUAAAGCUGUUAUUACCAAACACUCGUGGGAUACAUGGAGUACUGCUAGUAUGGCUCCGUAUGUUAAACACUACCUGGAGACUGAAUGUAUUGAUUGGUUGCAGGAUUUUGUGGGUCAUGGCAGAUCCUUUCUGGAGAGGAAAGUCCCUCCUGAGGUGUCUCUGUUCCAGAAGGACUCUUCUUCUCCAGUGGUGUGUCUUGCUACAGGUUUCUUCCCCAAAGCAGUGAUGAUCUCCUGGCAGAAGAAUGGAGAGGAUCUGCAUGAGGACGUGGAGCUCAGAGAGACGCUACCCAACCAGGAUGGAACCUUCCAGAAGAGGAGCGUUCUGACUGUCUCACCUGAGGAGCUGAACAAACACAACUACACCUGCAUCAUUCAGCACAGCAGCCUGGGAAAGGAGAUGGUGCUACCAGUGACUGAACGUAGAGUCCUGCCAGGUGGAGGGUCAGUUGGUAUCAUCAUUAGUGCGGUCAUGGUUGUUCUCCUGUUUGUCAUCAUUGUCUUUGUGGGAGUUUUCAUUUGGAAGAAGAAGCCUGGCUUCAUCCCUGUUCCUGGAAACCCCAAUGCACAUUAACGGCCAAGGGAGGAAGACAUUGAAAGAAGAAUGUUGGGAAACGUGAAGAGAUCCAUAAAAGCAUGCUUCGUUUACACACAUAUCUUUCAAGUGAAGUUUGAUCAAAAUUAUUCCUGUUAUAUUUUGUGAGUGAAAUUCUGGUUAAAUUCACAUUACAAGCCUUGCUGCUUAGUUCAGAUUUUGUUGUUCAGGUUCACAUUCAUGUGUGUGAGUGAGUCGUAUCUGUGAUUAAUGUGAAUGGAGGUUUGUUAGUGUUCUCUACUGAUCUCCAAAGUUUGAAAUUAUAAAAUACACUAGUAUAAGAUUUACAGUUCUUCUGUCUAAUUGUAUCUGAAUGAUGAGUGCAGGUCUAAUUUAUAUAAGCUUAAGUGUAUAAUAGUUGUAAUUUAAUUUAAUUUACAAUAAAAAUGAAUUUUGAUAAUUAAUGUUAAUAAGUGUAAGGAUUCUCUGGAUUUAUACCCAUCAAGAACGUCAUAUUAAGCUGAAAAGCUGCUACCAGUAGCCUUGUGCCAUUUUAUGUAUUUAAUACAUACUUUGACCUGUUACUGUAUAAAAAAGUACGAUGUUUGAUGCGAAGUGUUUGGUGUGUGAAGUAGCUACACCUACAGCUGUAGUACUCUAGUCUGUAGUACUGUAGUCUGGGCUCCAGACAUUUUUUUUUUUAUCAUUUUGGACCUGGUAGGAUUUGUACUCGUACUUGUCUCUGUCAUCAGUCUGGAGCAAGUUCAUCUACUGUUAAAAAAAGAAUUUUCUGUUAUGUAGACAUCACCAGCGUAUGCUUACUUGCACUUAAGCAGCUCAAGACUUAAACUGAGCCAAAGCGAACUGAAGCAGAACUUCAGCAGCUUCUGAAAAGAAAGCUGAGCUCCAAUGCUGUAAUUUGAUAGAAAUGGAAACUAUUUGGUAUAAAAUCUUUGUGAAAUCCCUGUGAAAUAUUCAAUGUAAUAAAGCACUGUGAGAAAUGA